AUGUCCACGAGUCCAGUACUACCCCUCAUGGCUCACCGCUGGAUCAAAUCACUGAAGGAACCCACCGUCCGGUUGGUUAUGAUCCGUCGCUUUCACCGUCGUGACCGGGAAUUCUUGUCAGCUAAUCAGGAUGACGAUUGCACAGAUUUCUCCGAUUUCUGA